UAAAGAUGUUUAUGUUAUUAAUUUUAGACACGUAAUCCCCAGAGGAGGUAUCGGACGGAUCUGUGGUGCGGAAGAGAAAACCCUGGAAUGGAUAUGGAGCUGGAGCAGAAGCAGGCGGAGAUCAUUGAUGAGCUGGUUCGCCGAGCUUCUACCUGCAACGGCGAGGCCCUGUUGCCUAUCAUCAUCGAAGCUACUUCGCAUCCUUCUCUUUUCGCCUUUUCCGAGAUUUUGGCUCUACCCAACGUUGCCCAGCUUGAAGGAAGCACACAUUCUGUAUACGUGGAUGUUCUGCGCUUGUUUGCCCAUGGCACCUGGGCUGACUACAAAUGCAAUGCUAGCCGUAUCCCUCACUUGUCUCCUGACCAAAUCCUGAAGCUUAAACAGCUCACUGUGCUUACCCUUGCCGAGUCAAACAAGGUUUUGCCUUAUGAUACGCUCAUGGCCGAGUUGGAUGUCACCAAUGUUCGUCAACUCGAGGACUUUCUUAUCAAUGAUUGUAUGUACGCGGGUAUUGUUAGAGGCAAACUGGAUCAAUUGAAAAGAUGCUUCGAGGUCUGUUUUCUCUCUCCUUCCUUCUCCUAUAUAAUCAUUGUGCUUCUGAGUCAUAUAUUUCUUGGAAAUAUUCAGGUUCCAUUUGCAGCUGGUAGAGAUCUAAGGCCAGGACAACUAGGGAAUAUGUUACACACAUUGUCAAACUGGUUAAACACAUCAGAGAAUCUUCUCGGUUCUAUUCAAGACAAGAUUAAAUGGGCGGACAAUAUGAGUGAGAUAGACAAAAAACAUCGUAAGGAAGCAGAAGAAGGAGUGGAAGAAGUCAAGAAGUCUCUGUCCAUGAAGGGGGACAUUGACAGCAGAGGGCAUAAAGAGAUUUUUGGGGAACCAAGUGGAGUGAUGGACUAUGAAGAAGAUAGAAUCCGACCAAAGAGGAGGCGGCAUCCGGUAACAAGGUAGAGAGAGAGUAAAAAGGGAUUUGUAAUGGUGUUUGAUGGACGUAUCAUUUACUUUUGGUGGCGGUUUUUUAUUGUUGGCAUUUCAUUUCAACUUGUAUAAUGAAGUAUCCUUGUAUCUUUCUCAAGGCAAGAACAAAUUCGGUGGUUAUUCGACUUAAAAAUGAUAUGAAUGGACAAGCAAAAGUUGGUACA